UAAUGCAUUUCACCCGUCGCGCAGUUUCUCCAAGAGCUUCAUUUGUUUUUGAUCGCCACGUUGGAACCAUCAACUCAUCUUUGUCAAGACGUCCAAGAAUAUCAGAGUGUGUUGAGGAAGAAGAAGAAGACGGUGGUGGUUUUGAUCUUUUUGAAGAAAUGAGACAACCAAUUCAGGAGAAUAUUCCAAUGAUUAUUUUAGAAGAAGAAGAGGAUGAUAAUGAUAAUCUUGUGAUGUCGGUGGCGCGACCCGUCCGCGUUCACUUUGCGGUCGACGUCGAAAACUUGCACGCGCAUCAAUCGGUGUACGUUGUCGGAUCGAAUGAUGUGCUCGGAACUUGGGAAGCCACCCGGGCGAUGCCGCUCGUCCAAGAUCCUGAUAGAUUCAUGCGCUGGAAGGGUUCAAUUGUGACUGAUGUGCACCAGUUGAAAUUCCGAUAUUUCAUCGGAUACAAUUUAAUGUCGGACCAAGGAGAGAGACUUAUCGUUGACAAAUGGGAAGCUUUUCUACAUCCUCGCUCUACUCUUUGUCUUGCUGAAAGCCGAAACGACGAAUGCCGUGUUGAUCGUGUUGAUCUUUUUGGUUAUUACGCAGGAAGGAAGUGUGUUUCUGAUGGAUGGCUCCAGUACCCUGAUGAGAACCAAAUUCUGCUACGGCUUCAUGGUAAUGCGCUGAAAUUCUAUAAAACAGCAAAAGAGCGGAAGAAUUGUCGUGUUAAAAUGACUCCUUUGGAUGUUCGUUUCAAAGCGCCUCCAAGCGGACAUAUCAGCUUCAGCUACGGCGAAGAUGAGGAAGAUGAAGAAGAAGAUCAAAAUGUUCCAUCAAAUAAAUGUACACAUUCUGCUACUCAUGUCGCUGUUCUUUCUGAUCCUCGUCCAAAAUUCUACGACCAAGAAGAUACUGGUGUUACAUUUAACAACAAUAAGGAUUAUUUGGUGUUCCGAACACAUUGUUUGGCUGCUGAAUUUCUUGCAUUUUACAUUGAGAUAUUCUCGGAGGAAAGAAAACGAAUCGGAGCUUGCUAUGCUCUUCCAUCUUCCCUUCAGGAUGCGUCUGGUAUCAUUCAUUUGCCUUUCAUCAAUUCUUCUGGGCGGCCAAUUGGACAGGUUUCGAUAGAAUAUCUCUGCGUUCGUGCUUUAACGCGUCUCGAUGGACCACAGUUUAUGGAUCAGACAUAUUGCCGUCAUUGGAAGAAAAGAAAUGCCCUAGAAGUUGGGCACAGAGGCGCUGGAAAUUCCUACACAAAAUUUGCAAUGGCCAGAGAAAAUACGAUUCAUUCCUUGAAUACUGCUGCCAAAAACGGUGCUGACUAUGUAGAGUUUGAUGUUCAAUUGACAAAGGACAGAAUCGCUGUAAUCUAUCAUGACUUCCAUGUGCUCGUUUCGGUAGCAAGAAGAGAUGGACUUGCUAUGCCACCACCAAUGACUCGUGAACAAUUGGACUCUUCCAACCUUGAUUAUCAUGAACUACCAGUUAAAGAUCUGAAACUUUCACAGUUGAAGCUUUUAAUGCUUGAUCACUUAAGCUUCCCACAGAAGAAAGAAAAUGUAAAGAAGCUGGUCGAGGCUGGAGAAGAAGAAGAAGACUUCAAACCAUUCCCAACUCUUCUAGAAGCUCUUACAAAAGUGGAUCCUGAUGUCGGAUUUAAUGUUGAAGUUAAAUAUCCAAUGAUGCAGAAUAACGGCGAACAUGAGUGCGAUCACUAUUUCGAGCGGAAUCUUUUCGUCGACGUUAUCCUCGCAGAUGUUAUGAAACAUGCUGGAAAUCGAAGAAUCAUGUUCAGCAGCUUCGAUCCAGAUAUUUGCUCCAUGGUUGCCACGAAACAAAAUAAAUAUCCAGUGCUGUUCCUCUGUGUUGGUGAAACUCAACGAUAUACUCCUUUCCAAGAUCAAAGAACUAGUACUUCAAUGACUGCUGUUAAUUUUGCAGCUGGAGCUGAUCUUCUGGGAGUUAAUUUCAAUUCCGAAGAUUUGCUGAAAGAUCCAAUGCCUGUGAAGAAGGCAAACGAGUUUGGCAUGGUCACAUUUGUCUGGGGAGAAGAUCUCGACAAGAAAGAAAAUAUCAACUAUUUCAAAAAGGAGCUUGGUGUCGAUGGAGUUAUUUAUGAUAGAAUCGGAGAAGAGGAACGUCGUCGUAAUGUAUUCAUCGUCGAAAGAGAACAAAAACGUGCUCUUCUCAGCUGCUCUGGUGCCAGCACUCCGCAACGAGCUGCAUCACCAUCUCCAGUUUCUUCUGAAAACAAUAAUACAUCUCCUCCACACAGCGCCAAAUUAACACGUAACGCACAAUCUGAUUCGGCUCUUUUGGAAGAAAAUGAAGAUGAUGUAGAGCACUUAUCUGACAAAUUGAACAUUACUGGUUUCCAAUCGGCUCCCAUGGUCUCUACUAAGUAGCCAUGUCAUACAAAUUUUCCUUUUCGUGAUAUUAUUAAUUUUAUUUGCAUCUCUUAAAAUAUCAUCCUAAGUUUAGUGUGCAUUUUCAUUCAUUUCAUUUUUCUAUUAUGAACGUAAUUUUAUUGCUUUUCUUGGACCUUUUUUAUACCUGAAGUAACAUUGAAAUAAGUGGACGGAAAAUUUAAAGGGGUUUUUUAAAAACUUCUCAAUUUCCACUAGUUUUAAAGUUUGACCAUGAAUGAUUAACGGUGAGAAAA